UUUUGCAAAAUUGCCCGAGUGAUAUUGCGUAUGAAAUUUCAAAAAUUUGUAAGAAGAAAUACAUUUUCAAACAGUAAUAUUUCAUAUUAUCUUGCAAACAUUCGUCUUUAAAAAAAAUUAAGGUUUUUGCAAGAAAAGUUCGCCCAUUAUUUUAGUGUUCUUACUUCGGUGAAUUCCUCUGCAAUAUAUCUAAUAACAAUACUCUCUUUAUUUAAUAUAUUAACGCAAUUUAUGCAAAUAGUUUUGCUUAUAAAUAAAAAGCCUUCACAAAACUUGCAGCACUUUUUACUGCAAGCUCGACAUACGAAGCUGCAAAUUGUAUAAUCAGUUACUACUGUGUUGUACUUAGAAAGCGCUAAACCAAGCAAUUCCACGUCCUUUUACAUGGUCGUUACUGCGUCAGUGUUGUGUUUAACUGUAAGAGCAUACUUAAUCCAAAAAAAAAACGCUUGUACCUAGGUAAGAUGGACGAGUUUGUGAAAACCAAAUUAUUAGAAUGGGGAUUUACAGAUCUUGUGGAGUCAUUUCACGAACAACAAGUUGAUCGCGACGUUUUUCUUUGCCUAAAUUUGGAGAAUCUCAAAGAGCUCAUUCCGACAUUUGGAAUAAGAAUUAAAUUUUGGAACAAAUACCAAACUUUUUUAAUUAAUGAGGCAUCAAAAGAGAAUGAGCUAAUAUACGUAGAUUCAUUGGAGUCCCCUGGUGGUGGAGGUGACGAUAUCUCCACAGAUAUAAGUUCUACUUUAACUGCAUCUCCAGCUCCGUCUGGGUCAACAUCUUCCUCACUUCUGCCUUUAGAUGAGCUGAAAGAAAGUACAUUCAUUUAUACUCAACGUGCCGCACUUGGCACACCAUUUGAAUGUAAUCCCAACGUAAUAACAUCCGACAUUCUAGAAGCUUUAGACUGUGAGGAGGGGAAGUUGGUGAUAGCAAGCUAUGGUGAGGGAAAACAGUUUAUGCGAAAUAAACUCUGUGAGCUUGUAAUCAGGCGGGAGUUAAAGCGAUCAACUACCAAAAGGUGCCCAUUUUUUAUUUCAUUUCUACAAUAG